AUGAUAUCUUUAUGGUUAUACAUUUGUUUAACUUGUUUUAUUCAACAAUAUCAUACAUCCGGUAUUAUGGAUAAUGUUGUUUUUGCUGUUAAUUGUGGUGGAGAAGCACAUACAGAUAUAAAUGGAAUAAAAUAUCGUAAAGAUUAUUUAAAAGCUGGUAUAAAUUCUGAUUAUGGACGUAAUUUAAAUAUAAAUCGAGUACCAAAAGAAGAUAUGAUACUUUAUCAAACUGAACGUUAUGAUUUACAAAAAUUUUCAUAUGAAAUUGAUUUAAAUGAUGAUGGUGAUUAUGUACUUUGGAUGAAAUUUGCUGAAGUUUGGUUUAAUGGACCAAAUAUGAAGGUAUUUCAAAUUAUUCUUAAUGAUGAACAUUCGAUUAUUGAUGAAUUAGAUAUAUUUGAAAAAGUUGGUCGUGCAACAGCACAUGAUGAAUAUAUUCCAUUUCAAAUAAAAAAUAAUCGUCUUGUUAUUAAUGGUCGUAGUACAUCAUAUUCAGGAAAAUUAAAAAUUACUUUUCAACGUAUUGAUCAUCGAGAUAAUCCAAAAAUUAAUGCAUUUAUUAUUUGGCGAGGUUCAAUUGAUCAAAUUCCAAAAUUACCACCAAUGCCUACAAUGGAAAUUCCUGAUGAACCAUUAGAUGUUGAAGAAGAUGAUGAAUUACCAGCUAAACCAACAAAUGUAAAACGAAAUGUUAAAACAAGUGGACCAAAAGUUAUUGAUCCAUAUACUGAAGAUCAAUCAAGUUCAUUAAUGCCAUUAUUAAUAGCAUUAGCUGCUGUUAUACCAAUCAUUUUUUGUCUCUGUCGUUUGUAG